AUGGGCUUGCGCAUCAACAAACAGCCGGGCGGAGCCUGGAAGCUUCUGGGGAGUAAUGUGGUGGGGGUGGGGGUGCACCCUCUCGGGGUGCAGGUGGGCGUGCUGGAGACAUGCCCGGGGGAGGCGGCGGCGCCCAGCCCAGGCCGAGGUCAGAGACAAGCUGCGGCCUACAGAAGGGGCAGACCUUUGACCUUGGCGCCCAAGGAGGAGCACAGCCCCCACCCCAUGGAGUGCAGGGUUCCUGCUGUGAAGGCCAUCCCCACCUUGCUCCUGGCCCCAUAUAGCUGCUCCUUCUCUCUGGCCUUGCGAUUCUUCAGGCCGCUGGCUGAGCGCAUCUCUUUCCACUGCCUCUACCAUCCCCUUCAGCCUCUUCAGCUGGUGCCUGCAACCCUCCUGGCUUCGGAGGACGGGGCUCCCAGCUCCAGCUCUACCGGCCCCCUCCUGGUUCCCUCGGAGCACAUGCUGCAGUUUGUAGAACUGGCCAGUCGGCCCGCGUCUGACCCGUUAGACUGCAAGCUCCACGAGAAGGAGGCCUGGUCCUUUGCUUCCCUUCCUUUAUGUUCCCAGCGCCUAACACAGUGCCAGACCCAGGACCCGACACAGGCUGGGGCCUGUGGGCACAAGGGGGGGGGAGCAGCGGGGUGGGCAGUGCGCUUCAGGAGUGGGGGGCAGGCGGGGCGCCUGAGAAAGUCUUCCCUUUAUGGGGUGAGCAUCCGGCAGCUGGUGGACGAGAUCCCCGAAGGCUGCAGCACACCAGACUUCCAGCAGAAGCCCGUCCCCAUGGCGCUGCAGGAGGGGAAAAAUGCCGUCCUUCGGGCCGUGGUGUGUGGGGAGCCCAGACCGGAGGUUCACUGGGAGAGCACCCAAGGGGCCCUCAGCAACUCCAGCAAGUACCAGAUCUUGUCUGCCCCUGGCAGCAAGGAGCACGUGCUACAGAUCAACAAGCUGACGGGCAAGGACACCGACCUGUACCGCUGUACCGCAGUGAACGUGUACGGAGAGGCCACGUGCGCCACCAGGCUCCUGGUCAUCGAAGUUGGCUUUCGGAAGAGUCGGAAGAGGCACAAGGAAACCCAGGAGGACUUCAAGAAGGAGCUUUUGGACUGCCGAAGUCUCCUGAAGAGGAGGGCCCCACCUCCCAAGAAGAAGGUGGACCUGCAGCAGGUGUGGCAGCUUCUGAUGACGGCCGACCGCAAGGACUACGAGCGGAUCUGCCUGAAGUACGGCAUCGUGGACUACCGGGGCAUGCUGCGCAAGCUGCAGGAGAUGCGCAAGGAGCACGAGGACAAGGUGGCAAAGUACGUUAAUGCCGUGUCCAACCUGAGACACAUCAGGGUCAGCAAGGAGGGCGUUGCAACCUUUGAUCUGGAGCUGGAUCUCAAGUAUUCCGGGAGCAACAUUUACCUGUGUAAGGAUGGUGAGAUGGUCCCCUACGGCUUUGACAACCAGGCCAAGCACUCCCUGCGGCGGCUGGGGAAGCGCUACCAAUUCCAGAUCCGGGACCUGCACCUCGAGGAUGCUGGCAUUUACCAGGUCAAGGUGGAGGAUGUGCAAAUCUUCUCCACCGAACUGGAUGCUAGCGCCAUCCCCUCCAGAGUGGUGGUCCCGCUGGCUGAGGCCCACUGUGAAGAGCAGGGUGACGCUGUCUUCGAGUGCACUCUCUCCAGCCCCUGCCCCCACGCCGCCUGGAGCUUCCGGCACCGGCCGCUCCAGCCCAGCGACAGAUACGAAGUGUCUGUGUCCCCCGACGAGCUGACCCACCGGCUGGUGGUAAGGGGAGUCCGUGUCUCAGACAUGGGCCCCUACUCGCUGAGCACUGGGUUCCACGGCUCUAGCGCCUGGCUGGUGGUUGGAGCUGGAAAGGAUAAAAGCCUUCUGACCACAAGGGCUGACCAUCAGCUGCGAGCACGAGCACGAGGGGCCCGGGGCAGGUCAGACAUCUCUGGCCAGGGGAGGGAGGCCACCCAGAGUCCCAGAUCCAGAUCCAAGCCUGGCACUGGCGGUUUUCUCCACGGAGCUCCAGGCCCCCUGGGCCACUUCUCUCGGGGCCUGACUGACACGGAAGUGCAGCAUGGGGCGCCUGCUGUGCUCUCCUGCACCCUCACCCGCGACCUGGGCCCCGGGGCCUGGUUUAAAGAUGGAGUCAAGCUCGGCUCCCAGGACGGAGUCAGCUUUGAGGAAGAAGGUCUCACGCGCAGGCUCCGCAUUCCCCGCGCGCAGGGGACUCAGGCGGGGAAGUACGCCUUCGUGGCCGGCAGCCAGCGGAGCGAGGCCACCCUGCGUGUCCACGAUCGCCCUGUCAUCGCUCCUGACGUGACAGAGAGCCUGAGAGAGCCACUGGUGGUCAAGGCCGGGAAGCCGGUGACCGUGAAGAUCCCCUUCCAGAGCCACCUCCCAGUCCAGGCUGCCUGGAAAAAGGACGGGGUGGAGGUGGCGGGCGGCGGCGGCAGGGGGCCCCAGGUGGCCCUGGGGGACGGCUUCACCCGGCUGUGCCUCCCCAGCGCCGGCAGGAAGGACGGUGGCCGGUACAGCGUGACACUGAGCAGCGAGGGAGGCUCCGCGUGGGCGGAGGUCACCCUGCAGGUUAUAGACAAGCCCCAGCCCCCACAAGGUCCCCUCGAGGUACAGGAUCGCCACGGGGCUGGUGUCUGCCUCCACUGGAGGCCCCCGCGGGACGACGGGGGCCAGGCCCUGGAGCGCUACGUGGUGGAGAGGCGGCAAGCUGGCAGGAGCACCUGGCUGAAGGUGGGCGAGCCCCCCGCAGACAGCACCACCUUCACCGACGCCCACGUGGAGCAGGGCAAGAAGUACACCUUCCGAGUGCGGGCUGUGACCUCUGAGGGGGCUGGGGAGGCCCUGGAGUCCACGGAGGUGCUGGUGGCCCCUGAGGCUCUCCCCAGGCCGCCCUCGGCCCCAGCCAUCCAGGCGGCCUCCAGCCAGGGCAUCACGCUGACGUGGACGGCACCUCGGGGCCCUGGCAGCGCCCACAUCCUGGGCUACCUCAUCGAGAAGCGCAAGAAGGGAAGCAACACCUGGACGGCGGUGAAUGCCCAGCCCGUGCCUGAGAGGAGGUGGACGGUGACAGACGUGCGGCAGGGCUGUCAGUACGAGUUCCGGGUCACGGCUGUGUCGCCCGCCGGCCCCGGAGAGCCUGGGCCCCCGUCGGAUGCCGUCUUCGCUCGGGACCCCAUGAGAGUCCCUGGGCCCGUGAGGGAGCUGCAAGUCACAGACACGUCGCACACCAGCAUCACCUUGAGCUGGGCCCCGCCGGAUGCUCAGGAUGGGGAUGCAGCCCAGGGGUACGUGGUGGAGCUGCGUGGCUCAGAUGGUCUGCAGUGGAGCCCGUGCCACCCGGGCACCGUGCCAGACACCACCUUCACAGUCAAAGAGCUUCGGCCCCAAGAGGGCUACUUCGUAAGGGUGACAGCGGUUAACGACGGGGGCCGCGGCCAGCCCACGGCCCUGGACACAGUAGUGCAAGCCAUGCCGGUGACCGUCCGUCCCAAGUUCCUCAUGGACUCCGGCACAAAGGACUCGCGGAUGGUCAGAGCUGGGGACACCGUUCGUGUGCCUAUCUCCUUCGAGGCCGCCCCCAUACCUGAGGUCACCUGGCUGAAGGAUGGCCUGCCCUUGCCUAAAAGAAAUGUGACCUCCACCAAGGAGGGCCUCACCCAGCUGCUGAUUCCUGCGGCCAGCCUCUCCGACAGCGGCCUCUACACCGUGGUGCUGAGGAGCCUGCAGGGCGAGGAGGUUACCUACCGCUUCUCCCUCAGGGUGGCAGCGUGCCCAAGGGCGCCUGGACCCAUCCGCCUGCAGGAGAACGUGCCCGGGACGGUGACGGCCGAGUGGGAGGCCUCCCCGGAUGAGGCCGGGGAGGACCCCCUGUACUACGAGGUCCUGAUGCGCUCGUCGGCGCGCGGGCGCUGGCAGCAGGCGGCCGACCGCGUGCACACCAACCACUACACCUUCCUGGGCGUGCUCCCCGGCCACGAGUACCACUUCCGGGUGGUGGCCAAGAACGAGCUGGGGGCCAGCCCGCCCUCGGACACCAGCGAGCCCUGGCGCAUCCCCCGCCAUCGGGACAAGUUCACGGUGAAGGCUCCAGGCCACCGGGAGCCCGACCUGAGCCAGAAGCCCCGCUUCCUGGUGGGCCUGCGGACUCACCUGCUGCCGCAGGGCUGCGAGUGCUGCAUGAGCUGCGCCGUGCAGGGCUGGCCCCGGCCCCACGUCACCUGGUUCAAGGACGGCCAGAGCCUGGCGGGCCACCCCACAGCGUACAGCACCGACGUGCUGGGCGUGUGCUCCCUCGUCAUCCCCAGCGUCUCCCUCAGGGACGGCGGCCAGUACAAGGCCGUGGCCGAGAACGCGCUGGGCCAGGCCGUCAGCACCGCCACCCUCAUCGUCGUGGGUCGUGAGGAAGAGGAGGAGGAGGAGGAGGAGGAAGGCGGGUCGGAGGAGUAG